AUGGCGGACGGCGAGGGGCGCGCCGCCAAGCGGCCCAAGCUGCUGGGCGAGGAUGUCGUGUGGAAGCCCAGCGGUCAUGAUGUGAACUUGAUUGAGGUUAACGGCAAGAGCUGCACACAUGAGGUGGUGUGGCCGCCAGCGCAGGAGGGCGGCAGCGGGCAGGAGGAGCGCAGCAGGCUGCCCCCAGCCCCGCGACCUGGCCCGCCCGCGCGGACCUACCCGUUCAGCCUGGACCCCUUCCAGCAGACGGCCAUAAACUGCUUGGAGGCCGGGCACAAUGUGCUGGUGGCUGCACACACGAGUGCGGGCAAGACGGUCGUGGCGGAAUACGCCUUCGCCAUGGCCAUCAGGUGCGAUGGAUGGGGCCCUAGUUGA